UUGGAGCUGAUUCCUUGCCUAGACAGAAACCUUAUUUACCAAAUGAGGUUGAAGCUGGAUCUUUCUGUGAUGGAGCAUUAUGAGAGACAUUGUCCACUUAAACCGCAGGCUGCAGUAAGUCUUAAUAUAUUAAAAGAUGGUCCAAUUAGUUGGCCGGAUAAGCUAAAUAAUAUUCAAGCUUAUAUAGAAGACCUUGACUAUCAUUCAAUAAGGAUAAAAUUCCUGAAAGGCGAUACAUUGUUUAAUCCCUCAAGCAAAUUGGGAUAUAAGAUUCCAAUCAAGCGGCCUAAGAGCAAAAAUGAGGUAUGGAAAGCAAAUAUUCCCCAUACCCACCUUGCAACCGAGAAGUCUGACCAGAAUUGGAUGAUACAAUAUGCUUUUUGGAGAAUAAUACAUGAAAUGAGUUUGAUGAAGUCAGUUAAUAGAAAGCUGAAGGAUGAGAUUGCAAAGGUUAAAUGGUGA